GUAGUGAGGCUCGGCUUAGUUGGCGUCCGAUCACAGGCUAUACAACUCCAUGAGCAGCUACUAGGCAGUUAUAACCUUCACCAUGUUAAAAAUUGGCAGCAAAAGUAACCUAGAGGGAGAGUUUCAGUGUAAGAUCAGCCUUCUAGACGAUACGGAGCUGUCAUGCGAUUUCAAGAGGGACGUUAAAGGACAGAGCGUUUUCGAUGAGGUGUGCAAGACCCUGGAUUUGCUGGAGAAAGAUUAUUUCGGUCUUCGUUAUGUUGACGAUGCAAAACAAAGGCACUGGCUUGAUCUCAAUAAGAGUGUUAUUAAGCAGAUGAAAACUCUGAAGCCUCCAUACAAGUUGUUUUUCAGAGUGAAGUUCUAUGCUGUGGAUCCAAGUGUUCUUCAUGAGGAAAUAACUAGAUAUCAGUUUUUCCUUCAAGUUAAGAGAGAUAUUCUGCAUGGCAGACUCCUGUGCACCUUUAAUGACUUGACAGAACUGGGAGCUUACAUUGUGCAAGCUGAAAUUGGAGACUAUGAUGCCGAUGAUCAUGGAGAGAACUAUGUGUCAGAGUUCCGUAUUGUCCCAAAGCAAGCUGAGAAGCUAGAGAAGAAAAUUGUAGAGAUUCACAAGACACUUUCUGGCCAGGUACCCUCUGUUGCUGAAAAGAACUUCCUUGCCAAAGUCAGAGAACUUGAUAUGUAUGGAGUUGAUCCACAUCCUUGCAAGGAUCAAGACAAUGUUCAGCUAUACCUGGGACUGACACCAAUUGGAAUAGCCAUUAUCAGAGAGGGAAAGAAAGUGUCUGGAUUUGUCUGGAGUGAAGUGUUGAAGUGCAGCUAUGAGGGGAAAGUAUUCUAUGUGCAGGUCCAUCGAGAGGAUCGUAAAGCCAACUAUGGCUUCCGGCUCCCUGACCCUCUGGCGUGCAAGCAUUUAUGGAAAUGCGCUGUGGAGCAUCUGGCAUUUUACAGUCACAAAGAGAGCACAGUAGCAAAGCCAAAGAGAAAAGCUAUCUCACCCCAGAGGCUUUUUAGGAGGUCAAAGCAUAAGUACAGCGGGCCAACUCACGACCAGCUGAUAGCAGAAAGUGAGAAGAUCAGUCGCCCUGAGCCACAGAUUAAGAGGGCUCCCAGCGUGAGGAUCUCCCGGCGGAUAAAAGUUCCCUCAGAUAGCAUCUCGGAGAGCACAGGGGUAUUGAAUCUUCCUAACACGCCAAACGGUCAAGCAAGCGGAGAAAUCACGCCGAAUUCGGCAGCCUCCGAAUUAAAGAGGUUUGAGACUUCAGUUUUCCCCAGCCCUCCUCCGGACGAGAGUGUUACGUCAUUCGAUAUGACUGACACUGGUUCGCCGUCGACAGUCAAUCACGUGGGACACCAUGACGUCAGCCCUCCUAAUGAGGUUGUCACGAAGCGACCUCCGCCAAGUCACGUGGAAGUGGAAAACUAUGGUUUCAAAAUGUUUAUUUUUAUCAUGUUUAUUCUAGCUUUGAUAAUGAUUCCCAUUGCCAUCGUGUGGGAAACAAGAAAGACUUACAUCAAGUCUACAGACGCCUACAAGGGACUUGCCAAAUGGGUGUUUAGAUCUUUUGGCUACAAAAUCUAACGGGUAACUCAGUGCUGGGGAAUUUUUAAUUAGUUGUAGAAGUACAGUACUAGCGAUUCAUCGUCAAUUGUUGACUUUGAAAAUUAAUUCUUACUACGUAGUCGACAAGCUGUCGUUUUUGACCUUUCUGUUAGAACUUUUUUUUUGGUUUUAUUUGUCAAUGAACCAGUUUUCUUUUAGCUUCAUUAAAUAGCUAACUCCAUACGCGCAAUCGAACGAUGGAAGAACGUGCAGUGAGCCGUGUGGGUAUUUUGAAGUUAAAAAGGAAACAUUCUGUAAUUUCAGCAACUUGAAAUUUGGUGUUAUCGAGCGAGCUACGAAAUAAAAAACAAACUGAAUGUAUAUCAGAGAAUUCGAGAUAUUUGUUUGAAAGACCAGGAGGUAGACUUUCUUGGCGUGAACCUUCUUCUUAGAAGGAAUGGGUGGUUCUAAUUCUUGAUGAUUGCAGACGCUUGGAGUUUUAGACUUCGUCUUUUAAUACCACUUUUGGAAAUACAAUAUGACAACUUCUCAUUCCAUUUUGAAGCAGACUGAUCACAUGAUCUGAAGUAGUCGUACAUUUCCGUUACAGAGUUCUGAACAAAUCAUCUUUCGCAGCUCUUCUCAGGGUAGUCAGGCUCAGGCGUCACGCAACGUUUCUCUCUUUGCAACAAGAAGCAUCUCUAAUCAUCGGCAAAUUUAUUUUUCACGUAUUUGCUAACGCGUCGGGCGUGUAAGUACUGUUGAACGGCGAAAAUGAAGAAAGACUUGUCCUUUUCGUUUUGUCAAGUUCCACUGCACAAAAGCAAAAACAGCUGGGAACAAUCAAACUCAGAUAGUCGAUGUUGCUUAUCAACGUCGCUGAUAGCGAGACGACAGUCGCGGACUCGUACAGUUGUCCUGACAUAAAACAGAACAGUACUUGUACGUGCGGCUGAAUAUUGUUCUAAAUUAAUUUUUAAUUCACUCUCAUGUGGUAGUGUCGCUAGUUUAAGAUAAUUGCACCUCAGUAAAGAAGUUUCAAAUAUUUUGUAGUAAAGCGAUGAGGGUGAAACGUUAAUUGUAAAAUAAGUGGACCGUAGGUAUAUAAUUGUUUCGUAGGCGUCACACGUUUUCCAAUUUUUGUUUCAAUAUUUACACUUAGCGAUGUUCAUUUUCUUAGUAAGAUAAUUUUUGCUACAUUUUUCUGAAGUCGGAAGAAGAAAUGAGUUCGUGGCAAAUCCUCAUAGCAUUUCACAGAUCCAUUCAAGUAACACUCGUGUUUAGCUUUGUUCUUUGCCAUUAAUGGUUUAUAGCUUGCAGAGAGGUCAAACGCUUCAAGAGAGAUUUGCCUUUUUCUCAUUUAAGUGUGGUGUGUCUUUAUCGUUUGCGUAGCAACGUGUAACGUAUUAGCACUGGUGUAUUAAUAGGGUUAAUUAAAAUAAUGCUUCCUGGGGAGUUGUUUUCGCGAACCACUCCUAAACAGCUGAAAAGCGUGUUUUUGUGAGAUGGGUUCCAUCACUAAGGGCAUUCCGUCUUUGUAUCAGGAUAGGAUUUCAAGUUGUAUACGACCUACUUUUAAACUGUAAAAGCAUGGCCAAGGUUGACAAUAAAACUCCUUUGUACAGGUCA